AUGGCCACCGCACAUAUGAGCGUCAACGCUACGAAGGCGGCAGCUCACAUGGGCACAUCCCCUACCGCAAGCACCAGUACCACAGAUGAUACAUCGGCAAGACGUAUUAGCUGUAGUGUUGCUCUAGAGAACAACAGACUGAACGGCCUCGGCACAUGGGACAGUGUUAAUAUUUCGACCAUGCCCAAAGGCCAUACUACCCCUGCUUUAAAUCUCUUACAAUGGCCACUCAUCCGCGACUUGGUUUCGCAGCCCCUGGAUCCGCAGUGCCACAUACUAGCCGCAGCCUACCUCUUCUACCUUGUCCGACCACUGGAGGCAUGGAAUAUGCUCACUAUCGCUUCUACCAAGCUACAGCUGGUCCUUGGCGUUCCAGAUAGAGUGCCGACCUCGCAAAGAGAACUUCUUGUGAGGUUAUACUGGGAUACUCUUUUGGCCGAAUCAGACUUGCUUGCAGAACUGGAAUUGCCGCAUUCUGGUAUUGUCAAUUUCGAAGACCUGGUAGGCCUGCCGGGUCCUUUCUCCGAUGUAGAAGGAGAAUACACCAGUAAGGACGAGCUAUGGUACUUCCUCGCAGAAAUCGCGCUACGCAGACUUCUCAACAGAGUCAGCCAUCUGCUCUAUGUCAAAACGCCAACCACUGUCCCUACCUCGAAGUUGGCGCGGGUUACUGCAGAACUGGACUUCCAACUGUCACAAUGGUACGAGGGCCUGCCACAACCGAUCAAAUUCUCGAUGACGACACUUUCUUCAGGCUCGCCUGGUCAGCUCUACCAAGUCCCCAUCUAA